AUGGUAGCUCACCAGCUGCUGCACCCCCGAGCUUUAAUAGUAGUCAACAUGGUGGCUCACCAGCUGCUGCAUCCCCGAGCUUUCAUGGUAGUCAGCACGAUGACAAAAUGUACAUGGCAUCCUCAGCAUCAAAAUGAAAUAAAUGCUAUUUUCGAGAAGAAGGCUGCUGAGCGGAUUAAAGAUACCACGUUCGCUGCUUGGAAUGCUAGUAAAAUGCCGGAAUGGUUAAGAGAAGAUGUUUGGAAGAAACUUCUUGCGAAAUGGAAUAUCGAUGAAUGGAAGAAGAAGACUGAACAAGCAAAGGCAAACUGCACCUCCAGUAAAGGUGGCUCGUUGCACACAGGAGGUUCGAUUAAUUUUACGGCCCAUAAACUAAGAUUGGAAAAGGAAAGAGGGCAAGAUAUGAGUCAUGAUGAGGUCUUCGAGGAGAAGCAUAAGAAAAAGAAUAAGGAUGGUACAAGAGAACACUGGGAAGAUUAUCAUAAAAGGGUGGGAAAAUGGCAACAAACUCAACCUCCUUCAACUCAACCAACACCUGAUGAUACGAAUUCAUUGUGGACAGAGGCAUCAAGUGGAGUAAACAAAGGCAGAGUCUACGGACUUGGAGUACGCCGACCUAUAGGUCAUCCAAACCCACUCUUAGCGAAUUCUUCUUCUUCGCAAAAUCAAGAACAAAUGGAAGAUAUGAGAAAAGAAAUUUGUGAUUUGAAGCAACAAUUGGACUUACAAUUCGGAAUAUUUGUUAAGAUGCAGAAAUUCAUGAGAAAACAUGGGCAUAAUCUAUGUGAUGAUGAGGAUGAACAAACUGAAUCUGAUUUUGUAGUAGUUUAG